AUGUUCAGUGGUCAGAAUGAGAAACCGAAAGGGGCGAAACAAACCCCUUCGGUUCGAGGGGGUGCGGAGCGCCGGCAGCGGCAGAUGAUUAACAUUCGACAGAAGGCCCACGGUGAGCUCAUUAAACACAUCCGCGAGGAAGAAGUAGCAAUGGAAGGAGUUGAUGGGCCCACGGUACCAGACCCCGGAAACGUUUGGUCGUACGAUCAAAGAACCCGUCCCGAUGACGUUCCGGUUCAGCUACUUCCCCAGUUCGUUCAGAUGGUUAUGAACGGCCCAACAGAUAGAGAGGUAUACCACGGGACACUGAUGGUUCGCAAGUUACUUUCGGUGGAGAGGUCUCCCCCGCAUGAAAUGGUCGCCCAAAGUGGUGUCAUUCCGCACCUUGUGAGCUUCCUGGACCGUGCAGAUAACCCGGAACUGCAAUUUGAAGCGGCUUGGGCAUUGACGAAUGUUGCUGCUGGCACAUCCGCGAACACUAUGAUCCUCGUUGAGGUUGGGGCUAUUCCGCGCUUUAUCAACUUGCUCAGUUCACCUAGUCCUGACUGUCGUGACCAGGGUGCAUGGGCUAUUGGCAAUAUGGCCGGUGAUGGUGUUGCCACCCGAGAUAUUGCAUUGCAACAUAAUGCUAUUCCUGCUUUUGUCAACCUUAUUUCAGACCCCGAUCAACCUCUAUCCAUCGUUCGCAAUGCAACGUGGGCUAUAUCCAACUUGUGCCGUGGGAAGCCUGCUCCCCCGCUGCAUUAUUUGCUACCCACGCUACCUGCUUUAGCCAAUUUACUUUUUCACAGGGAUCUGGAGAUCGCCACAGAUGCGUCAUGGGCGAUUUCGUACGUUAGCGAUGGUCCACACGAGCGCGUACAAGCGGUGUUGGAUACUGGUGUUGUUCCCCGCGUUAUAGAACUCCUCGCGGCAACGUCAAUUCCGCUUCAAACGUCAUGCAUCCGAACCAUUGGCAACAUCGCGAGUGGCAAUGAUGCACAAACACAAGUGAUUAUUAACUGUGGCGUAUUGGAAAAGCUUGCUCCCCUUGUCACACACCGCAAGCGGGAGAUUCGCAAGGAAACAUGCUGGACUAUCUCCAAUAUUGCCGCCGGCAAUUCAGAGCAAAUCGACGCACUCAUCAAAUCAGAUCUCUUUCCAUUGGUUAUCAAAUGUCUCCAAGGUACGGAACUGGAUGUGAAGAAGGAGGCCGUGUGGUCUAUCGCCAACGUAACUCUCUGCGGAGUUUCCCCACAUUUGUAUUAUCUUUUGGACUGCGGUGUCAUCCCUCCGUUAUGUGAUGUCUUGAACACGCAUGAUCCCAAAACUCUUACAGUUGCCCUCGAAGCUCUCAUGGGAUUUCUGCAGGUGGGCGAAGACAGAGUUAAAACAGGAGAAGUACAGGAGAACCCCGUGGCGCGUGCCAUCAUUGAGUGCGGUGGUGUGGAUGCCAUUGAGCGUGCGCAAUCCUCCACAGACUCCAGCAUAUACAGCAUUGCACUUUGUCUCCUCGAGACAUUCUUUAACGUGGAAGAGGAGGGAGCACCUCAGCAGUUUGAGUUGGGGAUGGAUCAUGGAGAUCCAAAUGGACAACCACCACAAGGCCAGUUCGAUCUUUGA